CCAGGUCUACUGGGCCCAAAGGGCAGCCACGAGUCUCAGGACUCUCAUCCUCCUGUGUCAGCCAGUGCCUGCCCUAGUCUAGGGACAGCUCAAGGUGGGACAACUGGUAGUACCCCUCCCUACUCCAGCAAGAGAAUGGGGGAGCUGAGCAGGACUUGGGGUCUUUGCCAGGACACCUCCUUUCUCUCCAUUGGUGAAACGAAGAAAGAGGCUUGGAGAUGGGGUGACUGGGCAGGGUGGUGGUAUGCUCACACUGCUGGUAGGGGAUCCAGAACUCAAAGCCAGUCCCUGCGCUCAGAUCCCUUAUGGAGAGAGGGCUGCUGAGUCAAAAUGGGCAGGGACCCCAUUCCCCAUCCAGCCUUUGACAUCUGACCGCUCCCCUGCCCAGGCCCCAGGAGCUGGUGGGUGCAGGUCAGAGCUCUUUCUGCCUCUGGUGAGCACUUUCUGACUCACCUGGUCAUGGCCUCAGUGGACCUGCCUGAAGGGCAGUGGGGGCGGCUGAGACAAGGUGUUCUGUCCCUUGGUCUGUGUGUGUGCCAGCUUCUCUGCCUCCUGGGCCCUUCCUCAGCAGCCCCCAUGUGACACUCAAAUCAUUCUGAGGUUGCUGCGAUGGACCCCAUUUUGCAGAUGAGGCAACCGGGGUCUCACUGUGGACAGCUGACCCCAGUUGGGGGUUUCUGCCUCUGGAGCAUGCUUGUCACGCUCCCCAGGCCCUCAUGCUGGCGGCUGCUGUGUGUAUGUGUGUGGGCGCUGGGCAUGAGUGAGUAGGAGGUGACAGGUGGCAGGAGAGUGCUUGGACUUUGUUGGUGCUGUUGGCUGGUUCAGAAGGGAGACACUCAGGUGUAACGAGAUCAGAUGGGAGGUGGGCCAGGAGCUAAGAAUAGGAUUGGACAUGGGUCCUGGCUCAGGUGGGGCAUGUCAAUGCCAGCCAGGAAGUAGCCCGCUGGAAUCAGAAUAGCAGGGAGUAGGGCCCAGGACUCAGGGUUCCAGGAGAGGGGCAGAGUCCGACUCAGCUCAUAAACAGAGCUGAUAGGACGCAGCGCAGGGACAGGGGAAGGGUUGGGACCCAGGGUACUGGUACCAGGGCGGGAGCUCUGUGCUCAGAGGAAGUGCCCACCUGGCCCCCAUGGCCUUCCUGGUGGCUGGGACCCUGCGGGUGGCCGCAAUGGUGGCAGACACUCAGGAGAGCCUAAGGAGAAAGGUAGUGGAGGCUCUGCCUGGCCCAGCUCACUCCUGGCUCCUGGCUGAGCCCCACUCCAGCCCAACUCUGGCCUUGCCUCCCCAGGGGAAGUACAGCACACAGGGUCCAAAGGUGGCCCUGACUCUCAGCAGCCCUGGGGUGUCAGCCUCUACAGUGGCUGUCCUGGAGGGCAUAUUCCGGGCCCUGCGCGUUGAGAGCUGGCAGAGAAGGGAGGCCUUGGUCCAGGGCUUCCUUGGGGAGCUGGCUGGCUUCCGGGAGCAGCUGGAUGCCCAUGGGGGCCCUGUGGGCUGUGUCCUAGUGGCCUUGGUGGCCCCCAGUGGGCUGCUGAGGCAGCCACAGCAGCUGGUCCAGGAGCUGAGCCGCUGUGGGGCCUUGCGGGGCUGCCCCAAAGUCUUCCUGCUGCUCUCGAGUGCUCCUGGGGCUGCCCCUGAGCCUGGAGCCUUCCUCACUAGCCUGGGUGAGCUCUGUGGCCGCUGUCCUCACUGGUCCCUGCUGCAGCUGCUGACAGAGGUCUUCUGCAGGACAGCUGAAGAGUUCUCAGGGGCCACCUACUGCCCAGUCCUUCGGAGCUCCUUGCGGGGGGCACUGUGCCUGGGGGACACGGAACCUUGGGGGCUUGAGCCAGAACCCAGUCCCAGCGCUCAAUAUGACCUGUCCGGGGCCAGGGUCGCCCUCCUCCUGGCCGUUAUCCGGGGCCGCUCUGGGGCCCAGCACGACGUGGAGGCGCUCCGGGGCCUGUGCCAGGCCCUGGGCUUUGAGACCACCCUGACGACCGACCCUACAGCCCAGGCUUUCCAGGAGGAGCUGGCCCAGUUCCGGGAGUGGCUGGACGCCCACAGGGGCCCCGUGAGCUGUGCCCUUGUGGCCCUGAUGGCGCAUGGAGGGCCUCAGGGACAGCUGCUGGGGGCUGACGGGCAAGAGGUACAACCAGAGGCACUGGUGCGGGAGCUGAGCUGCUGCAGGGCCCUGCGGGGCCGCCCCAAGAUCUUCCUGCUUCAGGCUUGCCGUGGGGGGCACAGGGACGCUGGCUUGGGGCCCACAGCUCUCUCCUGGUUCUGGCGCUGGCUGCGGGCACCACCAGCCACCCCCUCCCAUGCCGAUGUCCUCCAGGUCUAUGCCGAUGCCCAAGGCAGCUCCUCCAGGGGCCCCACUGCAGGGAGCUCUGACCAGGCAGACAUCCUGAUGGUCUACGCAGCCGCCGAGGGCUGUGUAGCCUAUCGGGAUGAGACGGGCUCAGACUUUAUCCAGACGCUGGUGGACAUCCUCAGAGCUGACCCCGAGGGAGACCUCCUGGAGCUGCUGACUGAGGUGUGUUGGGGCCUGGGGAGUGGCAAUAGGGGGAGAAGGGCUGGAUGCAUCCUUCUCCCCCGCCCUGGUGUUCUGAUCACCUGCUAUUCACCCGGCUGGGGAGGGAGUGAUCCCCCACCCUCGGCAGUAAGAGAUGGCCGAACACACAACACCCACACUGGACAGGUGAGAUGGACAGCAGUUAUUAGUCUCAUAAACCCACAGCUGGGGAAAGAUUAUAUAUCUUAUGUAUAAUUACACACCGUUCGGGUUGCCACACAGCGCUGCUCGGGUUGCACUCCGGAGCAGAGCAAGCCAGCAGGGGCCGUGGGCUGCAGGCUUUGUGGUAACAGGGGUGGGGCGCCCCCUGGUUCCCGCGGGAGGAGGUGAUUGGCCCGUUUGAACAGUUCUGCAGGCUGGCAGGGAACUGAGGCCGCUCAGGCUGAGGACGGGGUGCAGUGCGGCUGGGUCUGGCAGGUGGGGGAACUAGUGCAGGUGGGGAGCUUUUUCCGCUGGGUGGGGGGCACAUCUGAGAGGAGCAGGGGGACUUAUGAUUACGCCUUUGGGGCCCCGUAAGGCCCAAAGAUGUCGAGGCAGCCGUGAGAGUGGUCCUCGCAGGUGAAUCGGCGGGUGUGUGAGCUGGACGUGCUGGGUCCCGACAGCGACGAGCGCCGCAAGGCCUGCCUGGAGAUCCGCAGCUCGCUGAGGCGCCGGCUCUGCCUGCAGGCCUGACCGCGCCCGAGGCCGCUCAGGUGGAACCGACAGUGGGGGCCACACCCCAGCGCCAUCACUGACUCCCUCCGCUCCGCGGUUUCCUCGCCUGUAAACGGAGCAUCACAGCACGGGCGCCGGCGCUCAGCGAGCGUACAAUAAACAUGUUGAUGGUCGCUGUACACGUGAACAGUGCCUGCUCUCAGAGAGGUGCGACAGUAAGAGAGAAUGUAUGCAAAGUGCCUGGCACUUCAUAAAGGCGGAUACGAGGCCAGGCCUGCCAACACGGGCUGGGCUGGCCUAGAAGUCCUGGGAAGGGGCUGCCGGGGUCCACAGCGCUCUCCUAGCACACGCGCCCCGCGCUAGGCCCUGGAGAUGCAGGAGACGCGACCCCGCCUUCACGGCGGUCAGCGUCUAGUCUGGGGCCAUAAGACUGGAACAGAGACUGCAGGUUUGGCGGGACGGGGAGGAAUCACAGGCUCUGGGGGAGCAGUGGGCAGCUCCUGGCCCAACGUGGGCCGGGGGCCCUUGGAGAAAGAGAUCCCAGGGGGCCCCUCGGAGCAGGAGGGGCUUGGGCAGCGCCCCCGGGACUCGAACUCCUCCUCACAGGCCCGCGCCCACCGUGCCUGCCAAACAUCCGGCGCUCAGUCCUGCUCCGGGCCUGGUGCUCCUCUUGGAGCCCCGCCCACACGGAGCCCAAGAGGCGGGGGCUCCUCGCCGCUGUGAGCAUGCGCGUUGCGGUACACUGCGCAGGCUCCUGCACAGGCUCUAUGGGAAAAGCUGCACAAUUGUCAAAAGCAGGGCCGCGUGGCCUAAUGGAUAAGGCGUCUGAUUCCGGAUCAGAAGAUUGAGGGUUCGAGUCCCUUCGUGGUCGCUGUAGGGCACGUUUUUCUCCCUCGGCUUAAAAUUUUCCCGGUCUCUGGACAGCACCCUACGCCGGCCCAGAUCGCUCGGGCUGGGCCAACCGCCGUCCCCGCCCCGCCUUCUUGCCCCCGGGACGCAGCCCUGCGCCUGCACCCGCCGAACUCCAGAUCCGGGCCGAAACCGAGGGCGCUACGGGCAUCAAUGCCGGCCGGAUCCGCGCGGACUACGGAGCCUGAAGCCACAGGCCGCGAGUCCCGAGAGCCCAUUCGGGAUUGGCUACGUGAA